GUAGCAGUUACCAUGACAACAGUUCGCAAAACGAAAAUUACUUUACAAACAGCCCGGUUUGAAGACCAACGUUUGAAGAUUGUUAUGAAGAGUAAUGUCAGACGUCAAAUUAAAUACAGAGACAGCACAGCGCCACAUGCCAAAAGCAAUCUCAGAGAUGUCAGCACCUCAGCCAGUAGAGUUGGGAACGAGGAAGACAGAACAGAGCCAGGUCAAUGUGCCAGACAGUAACAGCAUGUCACUAGAGAUUAUAAAGGAGGAAAGGCACCAAGAAGAGACAGAAGACCUGGUGAAACAACUGGGAGGGGAAGAAGAGGAAAAGGAUAUGAUGGAAAAUUCACAACAAAUGGAGAAUAACACAGCUCUCUCUAAUCAAAGUCAAGCCAGAUCUGGCCUGAAAAUGUUCAAGAUAGACGACCAAAAAAUGAUCAGAGAGAGAAGACAUCACUUAAUGUCCAUUGAAAAGCAAUGGCUAGAGCUGGAGAUAUCUCUGAGUAAGAGGAAGUCAGAGAUUAUGAGGCUGACCAAGGUCAUUCCAGUGAAGAAACGACGUGUGAAAAAGUUUGAACUACUCAUUGAGAGGGAGAAUUACAACUGUGAGGAGAUGUUCAGGAGGAGUCAGAAGAAAUCUAUGGAGGCAAAAACACUUUUUGAAGAAGGGAGCAGGUUCAAACAGGAGAAGAAUGGUGUCAUUGAGAAAUUAAAUGAUGAAAUAGGGACAACAAAAAGUGAACAAGCCAAUAUUGAUGAAAUUCUGAAUGACUAUACGAGAUACAACAACAUUUUGUUCAAGCUGUCUCCUCCGGAGUGGCAGGAGGCCCAGGACCUUAUGAAAGCUGAAGUCCUGUCUGACGCUGCGGAUGAGCAGAACAGGGAGCCACAGUCAGCAGCUGGGCAGGGUUUGGAGUGUGACGAGUCCAGUCCAGGUGAAGCCAUGUCUUCCACCAGAGAGCCCCAGCUGUCCUCAACACACAGCCACACACUGGUCAAAAAUUCUAACCUGAAUAACAACAACUCAGGACAUGAGGAGAAGCUGGAGUUGUACUUCUUUGAUCCACAGCAGCUCCUAGAUCUGGUUAUGGAGCUGACAGACCAGAACCUGUCCCUCAUUCAGAACUCCACCAGAAGGAAUGAUUCACUGGAGGAGCUCCUGCAGCUCAUCAAGAUCAGCAAGAGGAAAAUGAUAAAGGAUGAAGAAAGGUUAACACCACAGAUCACUGAUAUGAAGGAGAAAGUCAACAUUGAGGAGGAGAGAGCUGCCAAGCUCAAACAGAUGGUUCAGCUCCAUGUCUCAGUCAAAACUGAGGACAAGGAUGAUGUGAUGUUGGAUGCUCUUGGUGUGAAGGUGACAGAAGUACAUCGUUGCAAUGUGGCUAGCCGGCUGACCAACCUCAGUACCUUAGAGAAGCUGUCCAGCAUUGAGUACCGUAUGUCUUUACUGCAGCAGGACAUUGACAGCAUCCCUGAAGAAGGCUUGGAAGUGCUGAGGCAGCUCAGGGACAGUGAGAGGAGGACCAGGCUGUAUGAAGAAAAGCUGAGGCUGGAGAAGGAGAAACAGAGAGAAAGGAUGAAGAAGUGCAUGGAAAGAUCCAUGGGUGACGCCAAGAAAAUGAGAGGAAGAAAGCUCAUGCCCAGAUGCAUCCCCGUUGAGCAGAAGAUCAAAGUCAGCGAUGAGGACAUCACCCCUGCCGAGGACAAGCUCUAUGCUUACCUUUUCACCACCGAGGACGUACAGUAAAGACGAGAUGAAGAAAUGGGACAUUUUAUAUACCACGCAAAGCAAAAACAGUAAAAAAAAUACCACUGCAAUUAUUCCACCAAGACAAGUUACUGUGAGAUAUCUCGACUGUGUGAAUACUUAUCAGCCUUCCAGAAAUACUUUUAACCAUUAUUUUGAAGGUGUGUACAAAAAAUGAAGAAAUGAAAGACAGAGCUGAUGGAUCUUGUGAAGCACUCUGACUUUCUUUACAACUAUGUCCUUGUAAAUAAAUAUUUUACUUACAUAA